AUGUGCUCAAUACUAAAUAUUCACUUUCAGGUUGUAGAGGAUGGCGGAAGACCGAAGAUCCAAGUUGAGCACAAAGGAGAAAUUAAAAAGUUUUUCCCCGAAGAGGUAAGACCCUUCCAUCUCAUUCUCGUUGUUCCAAUUCAACCUCGAACCCACGGUCCCUAAGGGACGGAAAAAGGAGAUAACCAGAGAAUUACUAUACAGCGUUGCAGCACGAAAUAGUGAUUUGUUUUUACAAAACUGUUCACAGACUCUGUUUUUCCAACACAAACUGGAUUUAAAAAAAAAAAAAAGAAGCAAAGAAAACGCAAAUGAAACGAGCACUGGCUAAUUAAAUCUCGAGGGGGUAAGAGGCAAGAAUGUAGUGAAUCUGUUCAAAAUCUCCUAGUUUCUAGAGGGGGAAGAGGGGUAGGGGGACGCGUGACAAAGCCCCAAGAUUCCCAACCCACAAAGUCCUCGCGCGGCAGAUCGGUGUGCACGCCGGUUUAGUUCGCAUUUUCUUCAAAUAAAUUGACGAAAACAUGAAAUUUUUUGCGUUACUGACCAAGCUUAUCCGGGCAAGAUCGCUAAAUAUUGAACAAGUUGAAAGGGUAAAAAUAAAAAGGCAAAAAAGAACGAGGUCAAUAUCAAGCCAUCUUGACCGAACAAGCUUGCAAGUUUUCUUGGGGGACCAACGCGGGAAAUCCCGAGUGGCCAAGGAUGGCCCACCUUGCCCGCUCGGUUAGCCAAUCAUAGCGCAGGAUUCGCUUUAUUCUGCCCACUCGGGGAUUCAGUCAUGUAACAAUUUUAUCUGGACAGUGAAGAGUCUAAUUUUUACAAGUGUUGCUUACCCAGUUAGCAAUCCGAAGUUAUGUGGUCUUCGUUUUCUUAUUCCAGAUUUCCGCAAUGGUUUUGUCCAAAAUGAAGGCAACCGCAGAAGCUUAUCUCGGUGAAAAAGUUGUUGAUGCUGUAAUCACCGUACCGGCCUAUUUUAAUGAUUCACAGAGGCAAGCUACCAUAGAUGCUGGUAGGUAGAAUUCCCGGGAGGUACUCCCUAAAAUGGCCAAUAAGGGAAGGCCCCGCUCCAAAAGAGUUUCCUUUUUUAGGCUCAUAUGGAAGAGUAGGAAAUUUACUGUUUCAUGAAUAUGAAAGGGGAGGGAAAUCCGUCAUUUCGGACUGUAAAGGGACUUUUAAGCCGGCUAGCAGAAGCAUCUUGGGUUUUAAAAAUGAACAGAAAACGUCCUGCUUUUGUGACUUAUUAAUGUUUAACAGACUGUGCAUUUGUAGUAGCUAAACGGGAUGCAAUGCUCUUACUAGGCAUAUAAAAAGGGUACAUUUGUAAAUAGAAGAUAUAUGAAAAACGGGGCACCUUUUCUGUGGAAAAAUGGUAUAGAAAGGGUAAGGGAUCGGACCUCGGUGCGGAGCCUCCCCGUAUAUAACUUAAUUGAGUGCCCCUUCCCCUUCCCCGGUCCCCGCUGGGUAGAAUUACGUUGUAACUCUCUUUAAAAACUUGUGCUCAGUGGCUUCUCUGUAGUUAAUACUUGAGUCUUUUUCUGCCGACGCUUUCUUUAUCAGAGAUUGAUUUGUAUUUCUUAAAGCAGCAAGAUUUGGAUGUGGUCGUCAAAAUAUAUGUUUCAGCAUCCCUCAGUGUAAAAUCUCCUUAAGGGUUCAUCUCCGAGCUUGUUUUUAACUAGGUUCCUACUUUAUAUAUUAUUUAUUAAGAUAAUACUCUCGCAUAGCUUCCGAUAUGAAUGCUAGGUCCUGUCUUGCAUAGUUAAUCUUAAAAUGUUGGAAGUUUUGCCUCAUUGGAACCAAGAGCAGCAGUCUAUAAAAGAGAGGUGUCGAGGUUCGAUUAAGUGAAAAUAUUCCAGUCAGCAAUGAUCUUGCUUUUCAGAUACUUACCUCCUACUUUGCAUUUCUAAACAGGAAGUAUUGCUGGUCUCAAUGUUCUUCGUAUAAUCAACGAACCCACCGCUGCAGCCAUUGCUUAUGGACUGGAAAAAAAAGUUGGUAGUGAGAGGAAUGUGCUCAUUUUUGACCUAGGUGGUGGUACCUUUGAUGUUUCUGUUCUCACCAUCGAGGAUGGCAUCUUUGAGGUCAAAGCAACCAGUGGAGAUACCCAUCUUGGAGGUGAAGAUUUCGACCAUCGCCUUGGUAACUUCUUGAUUCAAGAAUUUAAAAGGAAAUUCAAGAAAGACAUCUCUGACGACCAGCAGGCUGUGCGGCGUUUGCUAGUUGAGUGUGAAAGAGUAAAGAGGACUCUGUCCUCAAUUGCACAGGCCAGCAUUGAAAUCGACUCUCUGUUCGAGGGAAUCGACUUUCACACAUCGAUUACCCGUGCUAGAGUCGAAGAAUUGAACGGUGAUUUGUUCCGUGGUACCUUGGAACCAGUAGAGAAGGCCCUGAGGGAUUCAAAGUUCGGCAAAUCUCAAAUCCAUGAAAUAGUUCUGGUUGGCGGCUCUACGCGCAUUCCCAGAAUCCAAAAGUUGUUGCAGGAUUUCUUUAAUGGAAAAGAACUAAACAAGAGCAUCAACCCUGAUGAGGCUGUAGUUUAUGGUGCUGCAAUACAGGCAGCUAUCCUGAAAGGGGACACGAGCGAAUCUGUGGCAGAUAUUCUAAUUUUGGAUGUGGCUCCCUUGUCGCUUGGUAUUGGGACAGCUGGUGGUGUCAUGACAUCCCUUAUCAAACGGAAUAGCACAGUUCCGAAAAAGGAGACCCAGGUCUUUACCACGUACUCUGACAACCAGCUCUCUAUAUUGAUCCAGGUGUUUGAGGGUGAACGCGCAAUGACGAAGGACAAUAAUAAUCUUAGAAAGUUUGAGCUGACCGGCAUCCCUCCUGCUCCAGGUGGUGUACCACAGAUUGAAGUCACAUUUGAUGCUGAUCGCGAUGGAAUCUUGACCGUGUCUGCCGUGGAUAGGAACACUGGGAAAGAGAACAAGAUUAUCAUCACAGAUGACAAGGGCCGUUUGUCCAAAGGAGACAUUGAACAGCUGACAAAAGAGGCAGAGAAGCUUAACGUAGAUGACGACAAGCAGAAGAAGUAG